ACUAAAUUGUUACUUUUGGUCGCGUCAACUUUGUUUUUCGGAUUGUUUCAUUAUAUUUAUUAUUAAGUUUUGCUGGAAAGAAAUUGGUUGAGCCGUGGCCCAAAUGUGCCAGGCCUUCAAGGAGCAGGAGCCUCAGUGUAUUUGCCUUAUCUCGUAGCACUUAAAAAUUAGUGUACACACAAGUGUUGUGGGCAAGACAAAUUAUAUAUUUUCUGUAUAACUCACUGGGCAAAUCUCUCAUGGAUCGCAGCUUGGAUUCCAUCGGCAGCUGUUCACUCGAUGUAGAUGCCGACUCAUCCGAAAUAUCAGAUACCAGUGGCAGCCUGAACUUCCCAACGCCACUAUCUGUGAAGGAUAUAACGCGAGAAUUCACUGCCAAUAUUCGUGAGCGUUGCACGCUCCGGUCACCGCAGCAGCCGCAGCACACAACUACAGCCUACGUGGAUCCAGCUACGGGUAAAGUGCGCAUGGUGCUGUCACCCCCCGCCGCCGCAGCCGCCGCCAGCGUCGAUGUGGACGUGGAUGUGGAUGCAGAAAACGAAGCAGAUGCCGUUGACCACUCAGCAGUCACCGCAGCCGAGAAGAAGCCCAGCUAUCUGAAUCUGGCCUGUUGUGUAAACGGCUAUUCAAAUUUGACCACCUACGACUCAAAGAUACGCCAGGAUAUCAACAAAUCGCGAGAGGUCUCUCCCAUCCGUCCCUCUACCAGCAGUCUGCAGUAUUGCAAGCGUCACAACUCGCUGGCGGCGCCACAGUUAGUGAUCGGUGGUGGCAUGCCACUCACAAAGCAGCCCCCCUCUACGGGGUCGCUGGUGGAAGCUAACAACAACAAUAACUGCAAAAGCAAUGGCCACGCCGUGGAAAACGGUAAACAUGGCAAUGGCUCGAGUGGGGCCACCAGCAGCUUCAUUCAGCAGCGUGUGGAGCGUCUCUAUGGUCCAGGUGCUUUGGCUCAAGGCUUCUACAGCCCCAAGAAACAUGGCCAGGGACUGUCAUCCGCAAGACAACAAAAACUGGAGGUGAUUUCGCCACAGACCACUGAAUUGUCACGCAAAUUUAAGCAGCUCUCGCCCAGUAAGGACUAUGGCGAGUUUCGGAAAAAGCUGCAGGACAACUGCACCCGAACGGAAGCAGAUAAAGGACGGGAGAAAGCAGAACAACCUGAGGCAGGAGCAGUGAUCAAAAAUGGUGAUGUCGAUUUGCCUGUCUUCAGGCAUUUGAGUCACGAGUUUCGGGCUCAGUUACCCACGGUAUCGCCCAAAAGGAAUGUACCACGCGGCUCACCCCCACCAGAGUUAGAACCGGCAGAACCCACUCCUGUGGAUGUUGUCGAUCAUGAACCGGUGAAAGUCGCGCAAUUGAGUUCGGAGGAGUAUGUUGGCACCACAAAAAUUUCAGGCGAUUUGUCUUCAGAAACCACUGCAGCUCAAUCAUCGGCUGUCGGAAAGGAUGGCAACUAUUUUCUACGCGUACUGAAAGAAGAACAAGCUCGUCUGCUCGCCCUUGCCGCUGUUGUGGAGAAAUAUACCGAUGCCUUGGAGAAUAACCCCGAUAUAAGUGAAGACACUUUCGGCAUGUUGCGAUCGGCGUCCGGCAAAGCGCGCUUGUUAGUCUCGCAGAAAAUGAAGCAGUUUGAAGGUCUUUGUCACAAUAAUUUGAAUCGCUCGCCGGAAGAUGCCUUUCCAACCACCGUGGAUGAUUUGCAAGGCUUCUGGGAUAUGGUUUAUCUGCAAGUGGCGCAAGUUGAUUCCAUAUUCGCAAGUAUUGAGCAGUUGAAAAGCAAUGACUGGAAGCGUAUGGUCGAGCUGCCCAAGGCGACAACUGCACAAACACCCAAAUCUGGAAAGACUGUCAAUUCAAUAUCAAAAGCCAAAUCCACUGGAACGACCAAUAAUGCAAAUGUAAAUAGCUCCAAGACGGCAUCAGCCAAUUCAGCGGCAGCCUUGAAACGGGAAGCCCAAAGGAAACAAUUGAUGGAAAUGAAACGGCAGCGGCGUGUCGCAAUGGCAGCAGCAGUCAAUAAGAAUCAAACAGCCUGUGAUGGCGCUACCGAGUUGCAGGACUCAAUCGGUGACAGUAGUACUAUUAACAAUGAGCUCAACAACCGCAGCUGAAUUGUGCUGAACUGGAAAAUUGCAACAUAUGCUCUCUAGAUAUACAUGUAUUUUAAUUUAAUUAACACACUACUUACAUACACCUUCAAAACACAUACACAACACUCACAUACAUAAACACAAACAACAAACAUAUGCUUAGAAAUUCCUAGUUGAAUUAAUCCUUAACUAGUCGCAGGCAAAAAAAAAUACACACAAAGCGGAGCUUCUAAUUCAAAUUGCAUAAUCCAUGCAGUAGCAAUGUGUCACAAGGUGUCACAACUAGGAAGAAUGGCAGCAGCUAUCUAUAUAGAGCGAUACGCCGUAAAUUAUUUAACUAUACAAAACAAAACAAAAAACCGAUACAAAAAUGAACAAUGAACAUCGUUUGCCUUAUCUGGGUGUAUUUUCGCUCGUUUAAUAAGUUUGCUGUGCACUCUUAAAACAAAAUCAAAUUGUUUGUAAUUACAUUAUUACAUUUAUAAAAGACAUUUAUUCUUGUGUAAUAGAAAUUUAAGUACAACCAUUGAGAAACAAUUUAACAAAUUUUUUGUAUUACAACAAUUGGUCUUUAUGUAUUUAGUUUUUUUUUCUCUCAUAAUGAACGAAACGAAUCUAAAUUCUAAUAUAUGAAAACCACAAAACCACAAAAAAAAAACACUUAUUUUUGGCAUAUUAACAAAUUGCAUGAUGUCAUGAGAUUUAUUAUUCUCUAAGUUAAGGAAAUCUCACUCUCAAUUAAUUUAUAAUGUUUUGUAAUAAAUUAUUUUUCACUUAUACUGCAAUCAAUAUUGUUUAGUCAUUUUUCUAUAAAACAAUAAACUCUUUAAUGAUA